UCUUCUUCCAGCGAGUUUACCAAGUGGCUAUGCUCGGUCUCCCGUCACUCUCCUUUCACUGCGACCUCUGGAAUCUUGUACCUGCGCCGCUCCGCCGCGGCGCACCUUAGACAUCCUCAUCGCGCACCAUUAUCUUCCUUCUUUGUUCUCUGUUGACGCCGUCGCCGACGAAGACAACGGCGAUGGCCUCUCAUGGUGGCAAUUCUAAUCAGUUCGACAUGCAGAAGCUCUUCAAGCCCCCUAAUCCCUCGCUUAAUGCUAACCCUAACCCUAACUCUAACGCUUCUUUCCUCCCUCCCUCCUCUUACGCAGCCGGUGUUCCUCAUCUUCCCUAUCCGACGGUGCAGCCUCCAGGCGCCUUCAGCUACGCGACGCCUACUCCUCCGUUCCAUCACCAUCCCUUUAUCCACUACCCUCAAGAAAACCUUUACCGUCCCGGUGUUUCUUAUCCCGUUCAACCGUCGAUCCCACCCAACCCUAAUCCUGGUCUGAAUAACUCAGGACAGAAUCCGGGUGCCCGACUCAUGGCCCUCCUCGGAAAUUCCCCUCCCGCUCAGCUCGAAUUUGCCGCCUCGAUGCCACCGGCUUCUGCACCGUCGGAGCUUCCUGCGACGCUCUACGCGGUUCCUUCUGCUCCGCCGGCUGUUAUGGCGGUUGCUCAGGCACAGCCGGCGAGGUUAGCGAGCACAAAGAUGCCGAGGGGGAGGUAUCUUGGAGGAGGGGAACGAGCUGUGCACGAUGUAGACUCAAGGUUGCCGGGGGAGACGCAGCUGCCGCAGCUCGAGGUCACGCCGAUCACGAAGUAUACGUCGGACCCGGGGCUUGUACUUGGAAGGCAGAUCGCCGUUAACAAGACCUACAUCUGCUAUGGGCUUAAGCUUGGCGCAAUCAGGGUUCUCAACAUCAACACUGCAUUGAGAUCACUCCUCCGGGGCCAUUCACAGAGGGUGACUGACAUGGCUUUCUUUGGAGAUGAAGUUCACCUUUUAGCAAGUGCAAGUGUAGAUGGGAAGAUUUUUGUAUGGAAGGUUGAUGAGGGGCCUGAUCACGAAGACAAGCCUCAAAUCAGUGGAAAACUUGUUCUCGCUAUUCAACUGAUAGGAGACAGAGAGUAUCUUCCAAGAAUUUGUUGGCACUCACACAAACAAGACAUUUUGGUUGUUGGAAUCGGUAACAAUGUAUUGAGAAUCGAUAUUCCAAAAGUUGGGAGAGGCACUGAAUUUUCUGCAGAUGAUCCUCUCAAAUGUCCUCUUGAACAACUGGUUGAUGGGGUGCAAUUGGUAGGCAGACAUGAUGGAGAAGUUUCAGAUUUGUCAAUAUUACAAUCGAUGACAACCCGCUUAGCUUCAGCUUCAAAUGAUGGCACGGUAAAAAUAUGGGAUGAUCGGAAGUCACUGCCCCUUGUGACAUUGAGGCCACAUGAAGGCCAACCAGUCCAUUCAGUUUCAUUCAUGACGCCCCCGCAAUGCCCUGAUCACAUUGUUCUUCUAACUUCGGGUCCAUUGAACCGUGAACUGAAGUUAUGGACUUCCUCAGCUGAAGAAGGCUGGUUAUUACCCAGUGAUUCUGAAUCAUGGAGAUGUAAUCAAACAUUGGAAUUAAAAUGUUCGUCAGAACACCAAGUAGAGGAGGCCUUUUUUAAUCAAGUCGUUGUUAUGCCUCAAGAAGGCCUUAUAUUACUUGCAAAUGCUAAGAAGAAUGCUAUAUAUGCUGUCCAUAUUGAUUAUGGUCCGCAUCCAGCAGCAACCUGCAUGGACUAUAUUGCUGACUUUAAUGUUACAAUGCCUAUUUUGAGUCUCACAGGAACAAGUGACAUCUAUCCUGAUGGUGAACAUGUGGUGCAAGUUUACUGCGUCCAAACACAGGCUAUUCAACAAUAUGCUUUGAAUUUGGUACAGUGUUUGCCACCUGUUGAUAACCUUUUAUUGGCCAAAGACCCCUGUAUUUCUCAUGUUUAUGAUGGAAUUAGUUCAACAGGAUUUUCUGCAUCAGAGAUUUCACGUGGUACUAGUGAUAUUCCAUUUGCUGCUGCUUCACCCAUACGUUCUGUUGGUGUAAGCAACUCUGAGAACAUGGUUGUUUGUCCUCCAAAUUUGUUAUCUUCAGAUGCUAACAAUAUUCCCGAGUUGGCUUCAUCGAAUGUUGAUAUUCAUCCUUCUGCUCCUCCACUUCCAAGUGUUGGCAGUGAUAAUUUACACCCUACUUCAUCCCCUGAUCCUUUAGAUUUGGACCUCUCACAGAGGUUUACUGGUUCUAAAGUUGCAUUGAAAGGUUUAGAACAUGGGAAAUCACUUGGGGAGCGUGAUGUUUAUCAGGAAGUUAGUGAUUAUCAAGCUGAACAGGGAGAACAUGAUGGGGCUGUAAACUUGCCUAAUCGUCCUUUGACUAAUGACAACUUCGGAGGGGAUAACAUGAAAACUGGUCCAAGCGAUACAUCUAUGAUUCAGAAUUCUCCUCUAAUGUUCAAGUUGGGUGGAACUCACUUGGUGACUCCAUUAGAAAUUUUGUCAGGUGUGAAGUCUUCAUCUGAAACUGCUGCUAAUCAGAGAAUUGAUGAAGUGAAGCUUCUAGAUCUGAUCGGCAACAACGAUUUGAAGCAUGCUGAAGUAAUUAAAGUCGUGGAUGAGAGUGUGCUGGAUAAGUCUGAGGAAUUCAGUUCUCAGAAAGAGGCAAAUAAUGCUUAUAAUGAGAGUAAGGAUCAACCGUCAAGUUCGUCAGUUUCAAAUAUCAUGAAUGACAAGCCAAAAGAAGGUGAUGCAUUUAAUGCAGGUCUUUAUAAUGGGAUUGAAGUUCAGGUGGGUGAUUAUGGUAGUGCUGCUGGUGCGGUUGAGCAGUCUUCUGGUAAUAUUGAGGAAACUGUCCUGAAAAACACAACAGAUCUUUCUCAAAGAGAAACUGGAUUUUUUGAUAUUCCAGCAUCAAAAGCUGCAAAAGGAAAGAAGCAAAAAGCCAAGCAGGCUCAAGUAUCAGGCUCAUCAUCACCGUCUUCAAGUCCUUUCAACUCCAUUGAUUCUUCAAAUGAACAUCGGAGUGGCAUGUUCGCUCCUCCAACAGAGGCUUCUUAUUCCCAAAUUAUGUCAAUCCAGGAUGCUUUAAACCAGAUUUUAUCUAUGCAGAAGGAGAUAAAUAAGCAGAUUAGCACAGCAGUGGGUGGCCCGAUCGCAAAAGAGGGAAAAAGAGUUGAGACAGCUUUGGGCCGGAGCAUGGAGAAAAAUGUGAAGGCUAAUGUUGAUGCCUUGUGGGCUCGUUUUCUUGAAGAAAAUGCAAAACGUGAGAAGGCUGAAAGAGAUAAUUUGCAGCAUAUUACAAGUUUGAUCUCAAAUUUUAUCAACAAAGACUUGCCUGCUGUUUUUGAAAGGAUGCUAAAGAAGGAGAUACCUUCGAUUGGGACAUCAAUAACUCGUUCAAUUACUCCUAUACUUGAAAAAACAAUUUCUUCAACUAUAGUUGAUUCGCUCCAGAGAGGUCUGGGUGACAAAGCAGUGAACCAGCUGGAAAAAUCUGUGAGUUCUAAACUUGAUACGACAGUAACAAAACAAAUUCAAGUACAGUUCCAGACAGCAGGCAAACAAGCCCUUCAGGAUGCUUUACGUUCCAGCUUGGAAUCCUCUUUAAUUCCUGCAUUUGAACAAUCAUGUAAAUCAAUGUUUGAGCAAGUCGAUGCUGCCUUUCACAAGGGUAUGAGUGAACAUAAUUCUGCUGCAUUGCAGCAGUUUGAAUCCACACAUACGCCAUUGGCGCUUACUUUAAGGGAUGCAAUUAAUUCUGCUUCAUCUGUUACCCAAAACUUAACAAGCGAGUUGGCAGAUGGGCAGCGCAAGCUUUUAGCUCUUGCUUCUGGAAAUGCGAAGUCCUUAAAUCCAAUGGUAGUGCAGCAAAGCAAUAGUCCAAUGGUCAACCUCCCAGAAAUGCUUGCUCUGUCUGUUCAGCAAGUCGAGGCGCCUCUCGACCCCACAAAAGAAUUGUCAAGACUGAUUUCUGAAUUCAAAUAUGACGAAGCAUUCACUGUAGCUCUCCAAAGGAGUGAUGUCUCCAUUGUGUCCUGGCUAUGCUCUCAAGUUGAUUUGCACAGAAUAUGUUCUAUGAUGCCACUUCCUCUGAACCAAGGCGUGCUCCUCGCACUUCUGCAGCAGCUGGCAUGCGACAUUAGCAAUGAUACUGCGAGGAAGUUGGGAUGGAUGACUGAUGUAGCUGCUGCCAUCAAUCCAUCAGACCCGAUCAUCACAUUACACGUACGACCCAUAUUUGAGCAGGUUUACAACAUACUCGCACACCAGAGAUCGCUCGCUUCGAUGACGCCAACGGAAGCAUCAAGCAUUCGGCUAAUAAUGCAUGUCCUAAAUUCCGUGCUGAUGAGUUGUAAAUGAAUUCCAUUUACAUAUUCCCCCUCUCUUUAUCCUGGUGUUGGUAUUUGCAGAAGAGUACAGGGGCUGUUUGUAAGGGAGUACGUUGUAAAUAGGAAUGAAGAAGAGGAAGUCGGAAUCAGAUGUGAUAGCCUUGCUCUGUUAGUUUAUAUUUGCAUUCACCGAGCAAUUAUUUUGGAGUUGGAGGCCACAUGCUUGUGGUAUUAAUAUUAAAUCUCAGUUUGGUUUGAUUGGUAUUCAUACCUGUUUUAGUUUUAGGGCGCAUUUGGAAGUUAGAAAUUGUGUUCUGAAAAAUUCUGAAUUGUUUAUUUUUUGUUGUGUUCUUUAUGUAUUUAUUGUGCGUGCACCGAGUGCUUGUUGUUAGUUGGAGGCUUUAUAAUUGAGAUAUUAUGAAAUUUUAUU